UUAUAGCUGUGUGAGUAUGGUUCUUUAUUUGUUUGARCUUUCUGUAAUUUCUUCUUCAGAAAAACGUCAACUCUAGACAAACUCCAAAUGCUUCUACUGCCCCUAGCAUGACUGACACCACAUGCUCUUUCUAUCCACUAUUCACAAAAGAGGCUCCUGAGGUAGAUCUUKUARGASACUUAGUCACUUGGCCUGAAACUCCACCUGUAACAUCUAAUCUUUCCCUGGAGAGUACCAGCGAUCCGGCUCAUAGCUCCUUCACCAUUCUUCCAGGGAAGGCAGCAGGAUCAUGGCACGUCGGGGAUGAACUAGAAAUUUUGAUAAAUAUUUGUGACUUUCAUGGUCAGCCCAAGAAAACUGGAGGAGAUUUCAUACUCGCCCGACUGUACAACCCUACACUGUUGGCAGGAGUGACAGGGCAAGUACUGGAUCAUCGCAAUGGAUCUUACUCUGCUGUGUUCUCUUUACUCUGGGAAGGAAGUGCAAAAGUUCAGGUGACUCUCAUUCACCCCAGCGAGGCUGUCACCGUGUUGCAAAAACAGACUGAGCAGCCUGACAGAGUUGAUUUCUGCAGCCUCUUCCGCUCAGGCURGGUCACUGAAACUGUUAACUGUAACGUGUGCCUCAAGACAGCCCAGKAAAAUCUGUGCAACUACACCAACCACUACACAGGUGACCAGUGGUUUUGCUACAAGCCAAAGAAAUUAGGCUGUGAUGUCAGGGCUACCCACUUCAAAGGACGAGUCAACGAAUAUGUCAAGCCCAUAGAGAAGGAACUCUUACAAAGGCAAGUGUAAAAGCAACACAAUUUGUCCACGUUGGUUGCUUACUAAAUAAGUUGGGUAUUUAUA